AUUUGUAAGAAACAAGACAAAACACAAUGUCAUAGUUGGUCCUCUCUCUUCUUUCUUCUUCUUCCAAACAUAAACCAAACCAAACCAAACCAAACGAAGACCUUAGAUCUCACAUCUUUCUAAUCCAUGUCCUAAUCCGAACAUAAACACAAUUCACAUAACAACGUUGAUUUUUCCGUUUUAUAUAUUUUUUCUCUUUUCAAUUUUAGGGUUUUUGUAAUGGGUCUUGGUAACGAAGAAGAAGACGAUAAUAAUAAUCAUAAUCAUAAUAAGGUUGUUGAUGAAGGAAACAAGUCUUUAGGGUCAGUGUCUUGUUCAAUUUGUCUUGAGGUUGUUACCGAUAAUGGUGAUAGAUCUUUCGCUAAGCUUCUCUGUGGGCAUCAAUUUCAUCUUGAUUGCAUUGGUUCAGCAUUCAAUAUAAAAGGAGCAAUGCAAUGUCCUAAUUGUCGGAAGAUUGAAAAAGGUCAAUGGCUUUAUGCUAAUGGAUCUCGGUCAUAUCCAGAAUUCAGCAUGGAUGACUGGACGCAUGAUGAGGACCUAUAUGAUCUUAGCUACUCUGAAAUGUCCUUCGGAGUUCAUUGGUGCCCAUUUGGCAACAUGGCACGACUUCCAUCAUCUUUCGAGGAAGGCGAAUUUUCAUCGAUUGCAUAUCCUGAUAUAAUUGGACAACAUGCUGCAUUUGCUGAACAUACGGCCGUAUCAUCUGCUAGUCAUCCCUGCCCGUAUGUUGCUUACUUUGGACCAAUACAUCCAUCCUCCUCCAAUUCAGGCGGAGCUGUAUCAGAAGCACCUAACUUCAAUCAUUGGAAUGGCUCAUCUGUGCCUAGUGAAAUGCCAGCUUCCUACACAUUUCCUGCCGUGGAUCUUCAUUAUCACAGUUGGGAGCAUCAUACCCCUCCUUUCUCUACUGCAAGCAGUCGUUUAGUUGGUGCUGAUCAGCCCUCGGUGUCACCCGCUAGUCAAAGGCCAGUCAGGGGUGGUUCAGAUGUACCAAGAUCAGGAUCUUUUAUGCAUCCCUUUCUUGUUGGCCACAGUUCUGCCGCCAGAGCGGGUAGCUCAAUGGGCUCAUCAAUGAUCCCUCCUUAUCCUGGCAGCAAUGCUCGUGCCCGUGAUAGAGUCCAAGCACUUCAGGCAUAUUAUCAACCGCAGCAACAUCCCAACUCAACCACAAUGCGGGCCCCCGUUUCUUCUGUUCCCCGACGAGCCAGCAGUCACAGUGGUUCAACUCAACUAGCACCAGUGGCCACAUCACCAGACCAAAGUGGUGGUUUCUUCCUUAUCCCGUCAAGUUCUUCAGGACGUAAUUUCCAAGAAGAAAACCAUCUACCGAGUCGCUUUCAUGCUUGGGAAAGAGACCACUUACCUUCAUUGUCAUUGAGCCAAGGUGAUAGAGAUUCAGGCUGGAGACCGUACCACCAAUCCGCGAACCGGUCUGAUCCAAGUACCAGAUCCAACAAUUUUCGUUUAAGGCAUGGAUCAGAUAGAAUGCCUUCACAACAUCGGUAAUACACCUAUGUUUUGUUCACUGUGAAGCAAACUCUCAUUACCAUGGAAAAUCAGAACUUAUUUAUGUUUUGAGAAAUGUUACAUAUUGCUUUGGCGCUUUGGCCUUUUGGGUUUGCUAUGUUAAGGUACAUACAUUAUAUAAUCUGGCUGGCCUUGGAACUGAUUUUUCCGGCAGCUAUGUGGCUGUGUGAUGGACAUUUGCUUUGACUAUUUUAUGUGUCUUGGAGGGCGUAAAAUAAGAUGGGUAUCUUGUUCGGAAAAUCAGGUUUUUCGAAGAAAUGCUGGAGCGUGUUUUCAAGUGAUAAAAUCAAUUGAAAUUGAAUGUGAUGAAUUGUGGUUGGAUUUGUUUUGAGUGAACUAUUUAUGUUUUGAUAAUGACGCUCAUGCAAAUGCUUUGUCUUCAGAAUUCGAGUAAUUUUACCUCUUAAGGCGUUGGCCAGUGAUUUGUAAACUGUUGUGCACGAAGUAUGGAAUUCGUAAUAGUAGUGCCAUACCUCAAAAUAAUUAUAGUUUACGGAUGAAUUUAAAAAUAAUAGUUUAUCAA